CAAUGCGACAAGAAUCUCUGGGGGUCAGACGGCAAGAAUGACAAGUAAACAGAAAUAUGCCAUCCGAACAGGUGGUGCCGUUUGCGCUAUUUUACGCACGGCCACAAGUCGGAAUUGUCCAAAGCAGCCACUCGGCGCACCUGAGAUCAUCAUUUUCUUCUUCAUCUCAGUGAUGUUGUCUUUCACUGUCCAGCCAGCAUCAGCUCAUCCUCAGUGUCUAGACUUUGCCCCGCCAUUCAAACCGCAGUGGCACCUGGAGUUCUGCUCCCAGUAUGAGGACUUCGGCUGCUGUGACCAGAGGACGGACAACGUGAUUGCGGAGAGAUAUUGGGACAUAAUCGAGCUGCUGGAGGCGGCGGGUUAUGACUUGUGUGAGGACAUGCUGAAGGAAAUCAUGUGUCAGGAGUGCUCCCCUUAUGCUGCCCACCUUUAUGAUGCAGAAGACCCUUACACACCUGUUCGAGACUUGCCUGGACUGUGCUUUGGAUAUUGCUCUGAAUUUCACAGCAAGUGCCGUCAUGUGCUCAAGUAUCUAACUGAGAACCAGCUCCUACUGGACACCUCUGGGCGGGACAUGACCACGUUCUGCAGCCUUAUAGAUCUAUCUGACCAGGACUACUGCUACCCCAACGUUCUAAAGAGCACUGACCUCAACAGCAAUCUGGGACAAGUGGUGGAGGACCCCAGAGGGUGUCUCCAGGUAUGCUUGACUGAGGUGGCCAAUAAUCUCAGGAACCCAGUGUUGAUGCUGCACAGCGAUGACGAAACACACAGGAUGUUCAUAGCAGAGCAGAUCGGCUUUGUUUGGGUGUAUCUGAGCGAUGGCAGCCGACUGGAACGGCCCUUUCUGGAUAUGAGCGGGGAAGUGCUGACAACUCCUUGGCUGGGGGAUGAGAGGGGGUUUCUAGGCAUGGCCUUCCACCCAAAGUAUAAACACAAUGGACGCUUCUUCAUCUACUACUCUAUUCAGUUCAGCAGCAAGGUGGAAAAAAUCCGAAUCAGCGAGAUGAAGGUGUCGAGCAGCGACAUGAACAUGGCUGAUCCUUACUCAGAGAGGGUUGUCUUAGAAAUUGAGGAACCUGCUGCCAAUCAUAAUGGAGGCAUGCUGCUGUUUGGUCAAGAUGGCUACCUUUACAUCUUCACUGGAGACGGAGGGAAAGCUGGGGAUCCGUUUGGAAAGCAUGGCAAUGCGCAAAACAGGAGUGCUCUGUUGGGAAAAGUACUGCGCAUUGAUGUGGAUGGAAGUGACUCCGGGGGGAAACCGUACAGGAUCCCCUCUGACAACCCAUUCUCAGGAGACCCAGAUGCUCGACCAGAAGUGUUUGCAUACGGGGUAAGAAACAUGUGGCGAUGCUCCGUGGAUCGGGGUGACCCAGUGAGCGGCUAUGGCAGGGGUCGGAUAUUCUGUGGAGAUGUUGGUCAAAAUCGCUAUGAGGAAAUAGACAUCAUUAUCAACGGGGGAAACUACGGCUGGAGGGCGAAAGAGGGCUUUGAGUGCUACGACAUUAAGCUGUGCCAGAAUUCCUCUCUGAAUGACAUCCUCCCCAUAUUUGUAUAUAGCCAUCAUGUCGGGAAGUCUGUGACGGGGGGGUAUGUGUACAGAGGAUGUGAAUCACCCAAUCUGAAUGGCCUCUACAUGUUUGGAGACUUCAUGAGUGGUCGACUCAUGGCACUGGAGGAAGAUAAAACAGCAGGAACCUGGAAGGAGAAGAGUAUAUGCAUGGGUAGCGCAACAACCUGCUCGUUUCCUGGACUCAUCAAUCAUCACCACAAAUUCAUAAUCUCUUUUGGCGAAGAUGAAGCAGGGGAGCUGUAUUUUUUGGCCACUUCGUACCCUAGUGCCAUGUCUCCUUCUGGAACAGUCUUUAAAUUCAUGGACCCUUCGAGGAGAGCUCCUCCAGGGAAAUGCAAGCAGAAACCGCUCCCCGUUAAAGUGAGGGGGAAAAAGUUUCCAUUUAUCCCCAGGGAACUGACUUUGCUGAAUGCAAACGAGAAACCAACCAGACCUCCACCACGGAAAUACAAACUGACCACCAAACCACCAGUGACAAGUGGUCAGCCCAGAUCAACCAUGGCCAGAGCCAGCACAGCGACCAUGACCGCUGCUGCAAGCCUCGACAGAACAGCACCCUCCAAGGCUUUCACCAGGAGUAAAAAUAAAUCACUGAAGAAGGAGAAAGAGCUAAAGGAGAAGGAUGCACAAACAAAAAAGAGCAGCAUGGGCAAGAAAUCUAACUCACAAAUAAAGAAGACAGCUGUGUCAUCAUCUGACAGAGCUGAGGUAAAAGCAAAGACAAACCAGACUACUGAAGACACAAAUGGUAGGAGAUUAUCCAUGGGUUUGAAGGAUAAAAGAAUCGGCCCAAAGAGGAGUAAUCCAAACAGGAAAAGUGCACAAAAGAGAACGGGACUGAAAAUAUUGAAAACAGAACAUCUUAUGUUGUCAAAUAAAACUGAAACAAACAUUAAUGCAAGAAGUAAAAAGGAAAGAAAGCUACCUUGGGUGAAAAAAGUUAACACAACAAAUCCAGGAGCACUGUAAAGAAAAAAAAAAUGUUUUGCUGUUAUUUUUCCCUACUUUAUAGUGUGAAAUAUGCAAAUUAGCUUAUCUGCAAUGGAGUCCUAAAGAAAAAUAAUGAACUUCCUUAAGGAGUGAAUUUUGUUCCAUUAUUAACCCUGUUUCCAUUAAACUGAAAUUCAAAUUUUAAGCAAACUUUAAAAAGUUCAAAAACAAGAAAAUGCGAAUUUGUUGUUUUUUCAUUUAGUUUGAAGUGAAUUAACCAAGCACCGUAGAGGUUGCGUCGUCCAAUAUUACUUCAAACAUUUUAAUGAAUGUGUUGCGAUCAAGGAAGUAUAUUUCUUACGUUAUCAUGUCUGUUAGUAAUAGCGAUAUUACUUCCAGCCAUAUUUAGGCACAAUAGGAAUAUCUGGGAAGACGCCGACAUCACAAACCACUGAUGAGUCAUGUGAGUAAAAGUUCGCAACUUCAAAGCUGAUUCAAAAAAAGUCCCAUUUUAAAUUUUUCACAUCAACCCUUUUUCACAAAUCCCAAAAGCCACAUCAAAAAGGUGGGAAUUUUUUUUCUCUGGCAAAUUUGGAGUUAUAUUUCAAUUUUGCUAUUUCUAUUAAGCUUUUUUGAUGCAACUCUUCAAAAUACAUGUUAGGACAAGCUGAAGGUAAACACACAUACAGUUGCAAGAACUAGUUUUGAAAACAGGAAUUUCCAAAUGUAAUUUUUUUUUACUUUUUCAAUAUUUUUUUUUUACAGAGUGUAAUUUUUCCUUUUUUUAUUUCUGCUGUUCACAUUGCUUUCUUUUCAAACUAUUUUUUACAGAUCCAUUUUUUUUUCACUACAAGCCCAAAACAAACAUUUGCUCUUGGACAUGCUCGUUGACCAGUGAAACUGUUGUUACAAACCUCCAUCCAGACCAAUUAAUCAUCACUCCUCACUCCAGAGGAAAGCCCAUCCCAGAAAUGAGGAGAGCAUGAUUCGUAAAAUAAACUCGAUUUAAAAUUUUUUUUAUUUAAACCAAUAAAAAAAAAAGAAAAUGUUUAAAAUAUAACGU